CUCCAGCAUUCCUGCCAGUGUGCACUGUGCUUCCCGUGGCCUGACUGCAAACCAGGCCGUACUGCUGAGCUGUUUCUAUGGUGCUACAUCAGAGGCUCAAGAGGCAUUGCACUCAGCCAAUCAGAUGGCUUGUGGCUUGUGGGGGCUCAGUGUGGGCUGUUGCAGCUAAGAGAGAGAGUUUUUGAAGUUACUUUUGCCAUGCUCUGAUGUUAGUUCAAGGUGGACAACUUUCCUGGAAAAGAAUAGGAGACAGAGAAAGGAACUGGGGAAACUCACAAUUUUCAAUGGAAUAAGGACUGGUUCUGUUGGUUGCAGUCUCUUCUAGGAGUUUUUGUCUCUUUGACAAUGUGUCUUUGAAGCCACAGUUUUAUUGUAAACCACUUUCUUCAUGUUUUAUGGGUGGACCGUGAGCAAACGAAGAGGGAGAAUUCUAUCUAAAAAAAAAAAAAACAGGGCCAAAAAGGACUCUUCCUUUUUGACAUCUGAUUGGGGUCAGAACUUUCAGUAGUUUUCAAUUCAAUAGUUCUGAAAGGCGCUGAGAGAAAAUCGUGUUGCCAUGGCAGACAAUGUUAUUGAGGAAUCUGAAAACUACCCAGGCAAAGAUGAGCUUGAAUGGGGCUAUGAAGAAGGUGUUGAGUGGGGUCUUCUGUUUCCUGAGGCAAAUGGAGAGUACCAGUCCCCCAUAAACCUGAACUCUAGAGAAGCACGAUAUGACCCCCGGCUCCUGGAGGUGGGGCUUAACCCUAACUAUGUAGUUUGCAGGGACUGUGAGGUCAUCAACGACGGUCACACUGUGAGGAUCAUGCUCAAGUCCAAAUCAGUUGUUACCGGAGGCCCUCUCCCCAGUGAUCAUGAGUAUGAACUGAGCGAGGUGCGCUUCCACUGGGGAAAAGAGAACCAGAGGGGUUCUGAACACACUGUCAACUUCAAGGCCUUUCCUAUGGAGCUUCAUCUAAUCCACUGGAACUCUACAUUGUUCAACAGCGUGGAGGAGGCUAUGGGCAAGAAAAACGGCAUUCUCAUCAUUGCCCUAUUUGUGCAGAUAGGGAAGGAGCAUCUUGGGCUGAAGGCCAUCACAGACAUCCUGCAGGACCUGCAGUAUAAGGGAAAGACAAAAAUAAUUCCAUGUUUUAACCCGAACACAUUAUUACCCGAUCCUCUCCUAAGAGAUUAUUGGGUGUAUGAGGGCUCUUUAACCACACCGCCCUGUAGUGAGAAUGUCAUCUGGAUUCUCUACCGUUACCCUUUAACCAUCUCUCAAAUGCAGAUUGAGGAGUUCCGUCGGCUCAGGUCCCACAUUAAAGGAGCUGAGCUUCUGGAAGGGAAUGAUGGUAUGCUGGGAGACAACUUCAGACCCACCCAGCCCCUGAGUGACAGAGUGGUUAGGGCAGCUUUCCAGUAGAACCUCCACAGCAGGAUACAUUUUAAUCCAGCAGGGAGACAAAAAAUGAAGACAUUGAAAGGAAGACCCCAACACAUCCUGGCUUAAGUUAAAGUGCACCACUUCCGGUAGAGUUUCUUGGACCCCAUUGUGUAGUUAAAUGUCCUGAAUAUGCGCUGACUGUGUGCAGAUUUAAGUAGUUUUAUCUUUCAAUUGAAACUGGCAUAUUGGAUUCCAUGUGAACAAGAGGAAACCAAUCAGCAUGAAGAGACACCUGGUGAUAAGCAUUUAUAUGGAAGAGAGGAUGUGCAUAUUAAUGCUUGAAUAUUGACAGAAUGUAGUUUAUAAGGAGUUAAGCAACCCUGUAUGUAGUCCUAUAAAUGUGGCUUUAUAUGAAUAUCACAUUACACAGAAUGAUAUACGUGACUGACCAACAUGGACCAACAUCAUUUCAUGAGUUCACAUGUUCAUUCUUGAGAGUGGUAAACAGAUAGUAAUAUAUAUAUAAGGUACAACGGGGCUAAAGGCACACCUUAGGGAAAAUAUGCUUUUUUUCUGGUCACAAAGUGAUUCAAAAUUUCAUUUCAUUGAAUAUAUUGAAUUUAAAUUGUCAACUUAAGCAGAUAUUUUUGAGACAUUAAAAUAACUAAGAUAACUAUUGAGACGUUAAGAUUUUUUGAAUAAACAAAUUAAGAUAAUUCUUAUUCAAAAUAACCACUUUAGCCCCUUUGUACCCUAGAUAUAUUACAAAUAAAGGUGGAGUUGGUGUGGUGGAGGCACUGAUGUGCACAGAACAGGGGCCCCUGCCCCUUUCGUUCACAAAUGUAAAGGUGUCCUUUUAAGUGGAGGUGCCUUUAAGAGCGCGGAGAUUUAAGUGGAGGUGUCUUUACUACAGCUUCUUACAUAUCAUUGUGUUGUGAUUGACAAGACUUAACUAGCUCCUCCCAAGCUUUUAUUUAAAACUCCUUUUCAUACAGUUUUUCAUUUUACAUAAUUUUGUAUAUGCUGAUAGAGGAUCUUUUUACAUGAGAGAAUCUAUUACAUGAAAAAAAAACAAACAAAAAAAAAAAAAACAGCCACGUAUGUCAAUUAAGGCUUUCUUACACUUUUGUUCUAAUAUUGAAUGAAUGGACAGAACUGCAACUGAUCACAUCUCCAAUGAUUGGUUACAUGGAUGUAUUUUUCUUUAUCAACUUCAUUAUAAAUGAAAAUGAAGGACUGUAGGUAUAUUAGCCUCUGUUUAAAUAUAAUGUUUGUUUUAGAUUUGUGUUGGUAGUCUGCAGCCUGUGUGGAGAUAUCUGUUAUCACUCACAUCUGCAGGUUUAGUGGCUGCUUCCAGCAAAACAGGUGGCAUCUAGAGCCACAAUUUAAUAGAUAAUUGGUCUUUUGUUCUUUCAUUAUCUUGCUUUUUGCAGAACUCUUUAGCAAGGCCGUAGACCUCUUUUGCUCCACUUUAAAAGGAAACAUGAACCUUUGACAGAUGUGUGUGUCUGUAUCUUGCACUCUAUUUUUUAAAGCUGGCCACAAAUUUCUCAUGGGAAACAACAUUCAAGUGAGAAGUAUUCUUUUUACAUACCUUGAAAACCCCCUUGUCAUUGUAAUAAUUUUCAUAUAAGGAGUAAUACUGGUAUUUAAGUUAGAUAUUUGUGUCAUUUCAAAUAGUUUGUCACGGUUUGAUGUCUUACAUGACUGUAUGGGUGUUAUAUGUGAUUAUGUACUAAUUAGUUCUUAUGUCAAAUAUCAAAUAAAGUUAAUUCUUAAUGCAAA